CAACACUCAGUCAUUCUCUGACCAACAUGCAUAUUUACCCCGCAUUCCAAACCAUCUGUGCCUUUAGAUACAUAAUGUUUCCAUGGACAGGAGGAACCUGAUACUACUUACGCUUAUUUGUCUCUCUUGUAAUUAGUCUUCAGGUUUCAGCUCCUUGUUAGGGAUACAAUGCUCAAUAAUUGGAACAUUUAAAAACCGCUAUAUGCAUCCUUGGAAUUGAAUAGGAAUGUUCGCUUUUAGGUUUACCAGCCCCGAUUUGAUCUGUUCUCUUCCUGGGAGGAAAUGUAUGGGCAGUAGUUAACGCCUCCAUUAAUAGCUUAACAUUUUCCAUUUUUAUUUUUUACGAUCCAAAUGGUUAGACAGGAAAUGCUCUGCUGCUUCCACUCUCCCAUUUACAUUCAUGCUUUGUUUGUCAACAAUAUACUAAUGUGAACUUCUCUCUCUGUCUACCUCAGGGAUCUGCUGUCAGAGCUGCAUGGGAACAUGUUUGUGGAGGAGUGUGAGAAGUGUGGCAGGUACAUCAUACCAGUCUGCAGUUAUUGUGUGCUUCAACCUGUUCAUGAACGCAGAAUCGGCUGUGUUUGUCACACACUUUUGUCACCCUACAGCAUACAGACUGAUUAUCCCGACUGAUUCAUUUGAACAUUUUCCUGACUCAAAUCUGAAUUGAAAUCUAAAUCCACCCACUCUGUUGGCCAACCGCAUCUGUCUAUCUUAUAGAAUAAAAGAUGAAAGGACAGAUGUGUCUCCUUUCAACCCAAGGCAAGGAAGGCGGAGUUGAAAGAUGAGACGGUCAUUCCGGCUGCAUAUUAAUAUGCAGACUUCUCAAUCCCUUAACUACCAUCUGUCCCACCCUACAUCGGCAUGACGACGGCAGCGCCAGGAAACAUGACUUCAGCCGUCUCACACGCGUUCUAAUGUCUGACUUGGCUGUCUUGCUAACCGCGCAGGGGUCAAUGCCCAUCACCGCAGUAUGUUCGGGACAAGGUGAUUGGUGUGAUGGGGCUGAAACCCACUGGAAAAUACUGUGAGGAGGUGCGUGGUAGAGGACUGAGGGCCUGCAGGGGGAAACUCAUUAGUACCAUCCUGGACUGGGAAGAUGCUCUGCCUGACAAAGACCUAAACAGAGCCGAAGACGCUAGUAGGCGGGCCGACCUGGCACUGACCCUGGGUACCUCUUUGCAGAUCAAGCCCAGCGGAGACCUGCCCCUCGUCACCAAACGCAAAGGGGGCAAGGUCGUCAUCAUUAACCUGCAGCCCACCAAACAUGACAAGCAUGCACACCUGCGAAUCAAUGGUUACGUUGAUGAGGUCAUGAGCCAGCUGAUGGGACUGCUGGGAUUGGCCAUCCCUAAGUGGGAGGGGCCCACCAUCUGUGAGAGCUCCGCACCUGACCUGAAACCACUUCCUGCCAUCACCGUAAAGAAGGAAGUGAAAAAGGGUGUGAAAAAAGAGGGUAAAGGGGAGGGAAGAAAAAGACCAGCAGAACCUAAUAUGAAAGAGGAGGAUGAAGAGACAAAUGUGGUGAAGAAGGAGAGAGCAGAAGCACCAGCAGAUGAGCAGGCGAAAGACUUCCAGGUCUGUACUGACUCUAUCCUUGUCCAAACCCAAAACCGGGAACCGAUCAGGGUUGAAAGACACCAGAAGGAGGUACCCUACCCCCUGAUUGGAGUUCAGACAGCAACCCAGAGCCCCACAGCCCCAAGACACAGCCAGUAGUCUCCUCAAGCCCUCCGUCCUGCUGAACACUGAGGCAGGUGUGUGGCUGCCUGGGACCAAUGCAGAGAGGUCUGUGUAGGUGUGACCGUCCCGUGUCCCACUGACAGAACAUGGAUUCAUGGAUCAGUUGGCAGGGAGGGAAUAAAACCUGGGUUACUGAAGCCCUUGUGGAGAUAUAUCAGAAAUACAGAUAUUGAGAAUGGACAAUCCGUGGACAUAAUUGUAAUCUGACAACUAGAAAAGCCUGAGCGAGGCCACCCAAUAACCGUUGCUUUGGAUGUCUGCUAAAUGUCAUUCAUUAUAUUAUGACACUGCAUUACAAACUGAAAUGGGCCACUUAGCUUGGUGCAUCAUAAGUCUAACACACACUCUGAACACCCCAGCAGAGCAACGUUAUUGGGUCUUUCAGAGAGGCUGAUUAGAUUAACUGAAGGGCAGGAUUUUGCUAUAGAGCUAGCAUACAUUAUCGAGUCUAGCUUUUGUUAAUCUCUUUUGGUUUAUUUUUGAGUAAUGACACUUUAUUUAAUUAAAUGCAGUCAGAACACUGGGAUUUCUGAUGGUGUAGAUUUGCACCCACCUAGAAUUUUGUCUCACAACUCGGUAACUCUUUACUCUCACGUCAGGUAAUUAAUCCCAUCAUGGAUUAUUUUCCUUUUAUUUUGACAGAUUGUUGUUUUACAUACUUAUUGCCAGACUGUCAAGCCACCUGUCCUAGUUUACUUUGUCUUGAACUUUUAUACUGAAAAAUAAUUAUGUAUUUGUGUAAUCUUGUUUCUUUUCUAUACCUUUUUUUUUUUUACCAGAUGUUUUUUAAUAAACACUGCAUCUGAAA